UAUUUCGAUUUUAUUUUCAGUGUGUUGUGGUGGGUGGCUCUGUAGUUGAACCUGGUUGUUGUUUCCAAUCCCAAAUCCUGGAUCAAAGCCGAAACAUUUAGCGUCCCCAGGAAAUGCUCGUGAUCUCGGUUUUGCAGUCGCUCACAUCGCUCUGCAGAUUCUAGAUCCGUCACAGAUUGCACCAAUCAGAAGCAAAUCUAAGAAGAAGAAAAGAUGUAUAUGGCAUAUGGGUGGCCUCAGGUCAUCCCUCUGGAGCAAGGACUGUCUCCCUCUGCACAGAAGAUUGUAUACCUCAAACUCAUCAAUCGCACGUUACUCGUUGUCUCCCCCACUCACUUUGAACUCUGGAGCACUUCCCAGCAUAGAGUGAGAUUGGGGAAGUACAAGAGAGAUUCAGAUUCAUUGCAGAGGGAAGGAGAAAACUUGCAGGCCGCGUGGAGCCCUGAUGCCAAAUUAAUCGCUAUUCUUACAUCUGCAUUCUUUCUUCACAUUUUCAAGGUCCAGCUCUCAGAUAAAAGAAUACAUACUGGUGGGAAACAACCCUCUGCUUUGUGCCUAGCUACUAUUUCUCUUCUGCUUACAGAACAAGUUCCUUUUGCAGUAAAGGAUUUGUCAGUGAGCAAUAUUGUUAGUGAUAACAAACAUAUGCUACUUGGACUUUCUGAUGGAACUUUAUACAGUAUGUCUUGGAAAGGGGAGUUCUAUGGUGCUUUUCAAUUUGAUCCACAACCUACCUCUAGCUUUGACAAUUCUCAAAUGCCACUUACUCUAGAGAAUGGCCUUUCUCCUAAAAGUCACCCAAAGGUUCUUAUGUCCAAUCACAUUAUUCCUAGAAAGUCUGAAAUCAACCAACUGGAGCUUUGCCUUCCGUUGAGGUUGCUAUUUGUCUUGUAUUCUGACGGGCAACUUGUCUCAUGCUCUGUGAGUAAAAAAGGCCUAAAGCAAGUUGACUGUAUCAAAGCAGAAAAGAGUUUGGCUUGUGGUGAUGCUGUCUGUGCUUCAGUAGCUCUAGAGCAGCAAAUUCUUGCUGUUGGUACCAAAAGAGGAAUAGUGGAGUUGUAUGAUUUGGCUGAAUCAGUAUCACUUAUACGUGCCGUCUCUUUGUAUGACUGGGGAUAUUCGAUGGAUGACACUGGCCCUGUUAGUUGCAUUGCUUGGACACCUGAUAAUUCCGCUUUUGCAGUUGGGUGGAAGUUAAGGGGGCUUACAGUUUGGUCUGUUUCUGGGUGUCGCUUGAUGUCAACAAUCCGACAAAUAGGAUUAAGUUCUGUGUCUUCUCCAAUAUCUAAACCAAACCAUGAUUGUAAGUAUGAACCAUUGAUGGGUGGUACCUCACUGAUGCAGUGGGAUGAAUAUGGAUAUAGACUUUAUGCUAUUGAGGUGGGGUCUUCAGAGAGAAUUAUAUCGUUCUCAUUUGGGAAAUGCUGUCUUAGCAGAGGUGUUUCAGGCACUACAUACAUCCGGCAAGUGAUUUAUGGGGAAGACCGUUUACUGAUUGUGCAGUCAGAAGAGACUGAUGAACUUAAAAUGCUACAUCUUAAGCUUCCAGUUUCUUAUAUUUCCCAAAACUGGCCUGUUCAACAUGUGGCAGCUAGCCAGGAUGGAAUGUACUUAGCAGUUGCUGGUCUUCACGGUUUGAUAUUGUAUGAUAUACGAUUGAAAAGAUGGAGAGUAUUUGGAGAUGUUACUCAGGAGCAAAAGAUUCAGUGUAAAGGCUUGUUAUGGCUGGGGAAGAUUGUCGUUGUCUGCAACUAUGUUGAUUCAUCAAACACUUAUGAAUUGCUCUUUUACCCAAGAUAUCACCUUGAUCAAAGCUCAUUACUCUGUCGAAAACCGUUGCUUGCUAAACCAAUGGUGAUGGAUGUGUACCUAGAUUAUAUGCUGCUUACAUAUAGACCAUUUGAUGUCCACAUAUUCCAUGUGAAAUUAUUUGGUGAAUUAACUCCUUCAGGAAAUCCAGAUUUACAGCUUUCUGCAGUACGAGAACUUUCAAUUAUGACUGCCAAGAGCCAUCCUGCAGCAAUGCGAUUCAUUCCUGAUCAAUUUCCAAGAGAAUCUAUUUCAAACAUUUCGGUUUCGUCAGAUUCAUUAACAAGAGAGCCAGCAAGAUGUUUGAUAUUGAGAGCAAAUGGGGAGCUUUCACUUCUUGACUUGGAUGAUGGACGGGAGAGAAACCUUACUGAUUCAGUUGAACUAUUUUGGGUCACCUGUGGCCAGUCUGAGGAUAAAACAAAUUUGAUUGAGGAAGUUUCAUGGUUAGAUUAUGGUCAUCGAGGCAUGCAGGUUUGGUAUCCAUCUCCAGGUGCUAAUUCUUUUAAGCAGGAGGAUUUCUUACAGUUGGAUCCGGAGCUGGAGUUUGAUCGUGAAGUAUACCCUUUGGGACUUCUUCCAAAUGCUGGUGUGGUUGUUGGUGUUUCCCAGAGAAUGUCAUUUCCAGCAAGUGCUGAAUUUCCAUGUUUUGAACCAUCUCCUCAAGCACAAACAAUACUGCACUGCCUACUCCGCCAUCUUCUUCAGAGGGACAAAAUUGAGGAAGCCUUAAGGCUUGCAGAGCUAUCAGCUGAGAAGCCCCAUUUUUCACAUUGUCUAGAGUGGCUUCUUUUUACAGUAUUUGAAGCAGAGAUAUCCAGGCCAAAUGUGAACAAGAACCAGAUCUCAGUUGUUAAUCAUGCUAAAAGGUCUCUUUUAGAGAAGACCUGUGACCUGAUCAGGAAUUUUCCGGAGUACCUUGACGUUGUUGUAAGUGUUGCAAGAAAAACUGAUGGUCGUCAUUGGGCAGAUUUGUUCACUGCUGCUGGAAGAUCAACAGAAUUGUUUGAGGAAUGCUUUCAACGUAGAUGGUAUCGCACUGCAGCUUGCUAUAUACUUGUGAUUGCCAAACUUGAAGGUCCUGCUGUCAGUCAGUACUGUGCAUUACGAUUACUACAGGCAACACUUGAUGAAUCAUUGUACGAGCUUGCUGGGGAGCUGGUGCGGUUCUUGCUAAGAUCUGGUAGGGAAUAUGACCAAGCAUCAAAUGAUUCAGAUAAAUUGUCUCCCAGAUUUUUAGGCUAUUUUCUUUUUCGUUCUAGUGAGCAGAAGCAAUCACUGGAUAAAAGCACCUCAUUCAAAGAACAAAGUGCUCAUGUUACCUCUGUUAAGAAUAUUUUAGAAAACCAUGCUAGUUACCUGAUGUCUGGGAAAGAGCUCUCCAAGCUUGUUGCAUUUGUAAAAGGAACUCAGUUUGAUUUAGUGGAGUAUCUACAACGUGAAAGAUAUGGAAGUGCUCGGUUGGAGAAUUUUGCUUCUGGGCUUGAACUAAUAAGCCAAAAGCUUCAAAUGGGAACAUUACAGAGCCGUUUGGAUGCUGACUUUCUCCUAUCUCAUAUGUGCUCUGUUAAGUUUAAGGAAUGGAUAGUUGUCCUGGCUACUCUCUUAAGACGUUCUGAGGUUCUUUUUGACUUAUUCCGUCAUGAUGUUCGUCUGUGGAAAGCAUACAGCACCACCCUGGAGUCACACCCAGCAUUUACAGAAUAUCAAGAUUUGCUGGAAGACCUGGAAGAGAGCCUUUCAUCAGUUGCAAAUGUGGAAGGAAAAUGAAAGUGAAUAUAGAUUUCACAUCUGGACUGUGGUUACAAAUUUGUUUCCUGAUGAAAAAAAUCUGAUCUGGUGGUUUUUGCCUUGCCCACAUAUCUGUCUCAUCGAUAUCAUGUCACACGUAAGAACUAUGCAUCCUUUCCAUUGGAUUUGAUUGCGGGGACCAGAAUAAACAUAUUUGAUUGUGGGGACCAGAAUACUAUGUUCAUUUGCUGGGUUAACCAUGAUCUUGGUAACAAAACAUUUUGUGGUGCUAAUCCGAUGAAUCAAGAAUAGUAAAUGUAGAUAGAGGUUAGAAGUUUCUAUAGGGAGGCUUGUGCAUGUCUGAGAAUUUCAUUAUUCUUUUAACUUUUAAUUCACAUUUUGUAACAUGUGUUUUUUGUAAAAGCAUAAACAGAUCCAUCUGUAUAUAUUAGUUAUAUGCUGUUGAUCAGCAUAACAUUCAAAGUUGAAUUUAUGUACCUUGUUUUUCUCCCUUAAUGGAGCAUGUCAUAGACUUUGUUCCUGUUG